UCACUCUGAGGCCCUGGAGGAUAUCCCCAGCACUGAUUCGGGGGAAAUUAUAUUGUUGUCCCUUCCUCAAGCAAACAACACCAUCCCAUCAGAAAGUGAUGUCAGUGCCCCCAAUGAGAUGGAAGAUGGUGUUGAGAGUACUGGUAGCCUUCUAAAUGAGGAAAAUGAAGAGCAGAAGUCAACUUGGAACAGCGAAAGAUCUGGUGCUACAGAUUUCUCAAAUCAAGAUAUAUCCCAGAUAGAUGAUACAGUGCUAAAUCAGGCUGAACCAGUGACAAAUCACUUGCAAGAAGUAGCUGCUGAUCACAGUGAAGUAAAGGAGAUGGAAUGCUACAGUAGUAGUGAUGUCAUUCAGCAGAAUGAAGAAGAGGCAGAAGCAUUCACAGCUAAAAAGCCUCUGCAGCUCAGGAAUGACGAACUCUCCUUUGGUGAAACCGAGUCAGAGUCUGUUGUAGAUUUAAGUCUUAUUUCAGGAUCAGACAGUCUUUCUUCAUCAAUAAAACCUCAGAAGAUCAAGAAACGAUCAAAAAAGAUGAAAAGCAUUAAGGUUGUGAGGGAUGGAAAGGAUUCUGACUCAUCUGUGUCAUCCAAGAAGAAGGGAUAUAGUCGGAAGAUAUUAGUCAAGUGCAAAUUUGCUCCUGAGGGUCUCAAGUAUAUUGAAGAUUGUUUGAGAGGACACAUAUUUUCUGGCUGGGUAGACGAACGGAAGUGGAUUGAAAAUCUAGGUAGUUAUAGAGACAUUGUGGAGGUGGAUGAGUGGGAAACUGACCUAAGCAAGCAGCUGAAUAUCAUUAUCAGGAAAAUUCCAGGUGUUCAGGAAGGUACAAAGUGGAUUAACAUAACACCACCUUCUGCAGCCCAUCCUAGUUACUGCUUAUGGGUUUUACUUGAAGAAGCACCCAUUCCUGGUCACUACUGGUUUGUCAUAACUAGUGUUGGUGUGCAGUCUCUUUUUGGUCUGAAAAUUUCACUGAGAAUUAUCAGGAGCAUCCAUCCUCAAGACUAUGAGGAAGCAGAGACCCGCAGUAUAAGAAGGAAGCAGUUAGCAUCAGAUGAUCCAGGCAAGGAGAUGCAGGCAAUCAGCCAGCAGUUUGCUGACUGGUGGGACCAAGCACAGAAUCUGAACUUUGCACUGGUCUGGUCUGCCAUCGCUACAACUUUCACUCUUAGCAACAUUCGAGAUGCUAUCAGAUUCCUGAUAAUACUGAUUGUUACACUAACAGUUGGCUUGAUGACAUUCUUGAGAGAAUCACAUCAUGUGGUGCUUAGAUUCAUCCAUGAAGCAGGGAUAUUCCUCCACAAUGUGACCCCAUUCCUCCAGUCUGUGAUGUCAUUCGUGGAGAAGAUCCUGGGUGGCUUGUAUUUAUUACUAGCCAUGGUCUAUAGGGACUGGAGACGAUCAUGUGCUUCACCUCCACCGUCUUUCCAAGGUCCAAGGCAGACACCCUUGCCCAUCAUGCCAGACAGUGCUCCUCCACCCUCUUACCCUCCAGCUGGGCCAAGGGUGGUUAAGUAUGUAGCACCAGAACAGUGGGUAUAUAAAAGGCAAGAUAAUGUGCAGCCACCAAACGUAAAGAAAUAAAAAUCUGUAUUUUUUUCUUAACUCCAGAAUGGUGUUAGAUCAAGGUGUUUAAAUUGUAUUGAAAAGAUAUUAUUUUAUAUAUUUUGAAAAUUUGGAAAUAUAUUUUAAUUUUUAUGUACUAGCUUUUGCUUUUUAGUUUAGAUUAUUUUCUGAUACACAGGUAUUGAUAUAUUUGUAACUAUGCUCGCAAUGGAUAUAUAUUUGAUGGUACUAAUCAAGAUGAUAAUGAUAGCCAUUAUUAUUACUUUUAGCAAAUGCUAUAUCAGUUAAUAUUAAGUUAUCAUUCUAGUCUUUCAUUCCUUUUUUCAAGUGAGAUAAAACACUAUCAUACUAGUCACCUAGGCUUGUUGAAUUAAGAAACAGUUCAAAAUACCAAAUUUAAAAGGAGAAUGUUAUAUAUAUUUAUACAUUUUAUAACAAAUUGUAUUAUUUUAUUUUCAGCUUCCCUUGGUGAUUAUGGAUAGGAAAUUGUGAUAUAUAAAAGUAAAGAAGUGCCUUUUCAUAUUAAGAUUACCAUUGUGCCUCAUUAUGAAAACAGUUACUUUACUAAAUUCCUGAAACAUAAAGGGAAGACAAAUUUCAAUGUAAAUGAUGUUAUUGAGAUAGAUGCCAAAUAUUUAGUGGGCAUACAAGAGUAGUAACUAACUUGAUGAAAUUUGGUGAGUGACCUCUGCCAACCUAUAUACAGUAUAAUAGAUGCUUAAUCGGGAGGCUAGUCGGUUGGUUGACUAAAUAGUUCCUAGGGAGAGUGUUUUAUAGUGGCAUUGUUGCCUUAGCUUGAUCCUCAGUGUAAAAUAAAGUGCAUCACCGCCUUUAGAUAUUUUGUAGCAAUUAUAGAAUGAACUAUGUGAAAAGAAAUUUUGGUAAAACUUCUUUUAUCACAGUAUUUCUAAGUACAUUGGUAGAUUUUUUUGAAAGCAAUGGUUCUCAACUGGUGGUACAUGAAUACUGUUUUGGUGGUACACUGGAUGUUCAAAGUAUUUGACAAUAAACUGAAAAUUCUUACACAUACAAUACAAAAAUGUGAUCAAAAUAUAUUAUUAACUGUUCACUGUAUUAUACUUCUUUAAGAAAUAUAUUGGUAAUGUGAAAUUUAGGUUAUAGAAGUACUGCAAGAAGUACUUUAAGUUUCUAAAAGGAAUGUUGAUAUUCACACAGCUAUACCUGCCCUCAGAUGCAUACAAAGGAGUCUAUUUGUAAGAGGUAUAUAACAAACCAAAUUUUAGUUUUUGGUCAACUCUUUUUUUAUCAUUACUCAGAGAGGAGAUAGUCCAUUUUUUUAUUAGCCAGGUAGUCUGUGACCUAAAACAAGUUGAGAACUACUGCCACAGAUCUUGUGAUGGAAAAAAGAAAAAGUUUAUAUUUGUUUAAUGACUAAAUGAAAAAGGUUUAUACGCUGUGACCAAAAAGAUGUGAUGUUUCAUAUAUUGUGAUUGAGAAGAAUGUUUAUGUGUAUUGUGAUGGUGGAAAAAGAUAUUUUAUAAAAGUACAUAUAUAUUUUAGAACUUAUCAUAUAUUAGGCUCAUUUAAUUUUUAGAGCCUUUUUUGAAAAGUAUUGUUGGCCCUGCUAGACUAUAAAAAUUACUUCCAUUUAUAAAUUUACAUGACUAGAAGUAGAAAUGGCCCCAGAAUUUAGGCACAGCCUCUGGCAGUACUUGUCCUUAAAAUUGUACCGAUAGAUGUCAUAACAGUGCUUUUAAAGUGGCCUUUAUAAUUUUGCCAGUACUUUUUCAGGUCAGGUGCAGAAUGAUUUUGGAGCCAUUUUACCUGUAAUAAUUGGUAAAUUAUGGUAUAUGAAUUGAUGUGCAGAGGACUCAUUACAGUACUGAUGUAAUAUCCCAGGUUUUCAUGUGAUCAAUUUAAUUAUUCUUUAUUGCUUUUUCUAACAUAGAUUACUGUUUUGAAUAAUACUUCAUAAGCAUUAUUAACAUU